CUAGUCUCGAUUUCUUCCUUUUUAAUCCAUCCUCAGCCCUCCCUCUCCCCAGCCUCCUCAUCCCCGGCACCGAUCACUGAUCCCUUCUCUGCUUCCUUCCCAUCCUUGCUAGCAUCCCUGCCAUCAGCUGUUGUCGCUUCCCCUCUAUCGGCCUCUACCAUCUUGUCUUCGCAGGACGCCUUGCCCCCUUUUUCUUGCGGCCUAGAUCUGGUUCAGCAUCACUCCUACUCAGGUAACUCUCCCUUUUUUCCUAUCAUGGAAUCACUUUCCCUCUCCCCGUCCCCUGUUCCUUCCUCUCCGUCACCGGCCUCCCCUACACCACCACCCAUCACUCACUGUAUCCAUCCCAUGAUCACCCGGUCCUUAAAUAACAUAUUUAAGCCCAAACACAUGCACCUUGCCACCAAACACUCUCUCUCAACCAUUGUUGAGCCCUCACGUGUGAGCCAAGCCUUGAGUCAUCCCCAAUGGCGAAGAGCUAUGUCAGAUGAAUUUGAUGCUCUAGUUCACCAAGCUUGGUCCAUCGGGCAACUUGAUGUGAAUACUGCCUUCCUCCAUGGUUCUGUUGAGGAGGACUUGUAUAUGGCUCAACCAGCAGGUUUUAUUGAUCAAAAUCUUCCUCAUCAUGUCUGUAAAUUGAAGAAAGCAAUUUAUGGCCUUAAGCAGGCUCCAAGGGCAUGUUCAACCGAGGCCGAGUAUAGAGCUCUAGCAGCUGCUUCUUCUGAGUUAGGUUGGGUAUUGCAUUUGUUGACUGAGCUUGGCAUUAAUUUUAGUGCUCCACCAAUGCUUUACUGUGAUAAUGUUGGUGCCACGUAUCUCAGCAGUAAUCUAGUCAUGCACUCUCGUAUGAAGCACAUAGCAAUUGAUCUUCAUUUUAUUUGUGAUCUCGUUGACAAGAAAAUUCUUCAUGUCUCUCAUAUUGCCUUUGCCGAUCAACUUGUUGAUGGGCUGACCAAACCACUGUCUUCAUCAAGAUUUGCCUUGCUGCGUUCCAAGAUUGGGAUCGCUGAUGGCUCUACCAUCUUGCAAGGGCGUGUUAAGGAAACACAUAAUGCUGCAACAUCAAUCAUGGCUUAAUCAAAUACAAGGGAUGUCAAGUCCUAAUUAUUCUCACAAUCAAUCUUACCAAUCAUAUAUUCUACAUUAUUAAGGAUGAUUUGUAUUAUAUAUUUCUAUUUUUACAAGCUCUUUCCAUAAGAGUCAAUUAGAGCAACAUCUCAACUUGUAUAUAUUUGUAACCUCAAGGAAUAAUAAAACAAUCUUUCACUC